AUUUUUUACAAAACAUUUAAGAGUUUUAUGCAGAGUAGAUUGUUCAAUUCAUCACUUUUGGAGUAUUGAAAUGCAUUAACCCAAAACUUUGUCAGUUUUUUUGGGAAUAUGAAGGACAAGCCCUAGAACAGUUGGAGAAAAUGCUCAACCCCGAAGAUGACGACUGUAGUCGGCAAAAGUACGGUAGUUUUGAGAGUGUAAACUCACAGGAAUGGAAGGAGAGGGAAGCUAAAAACGAGUCACAGAGCAGUGGUUCCUUGUGUUCUAAACAGAAAAGCGCUUACCGACUAAGUAGAGAUAGGAGCAAUCUUGUACAGAAAUCAAUAGGUUAUAGUUUAGACGGCCUUGACUCAGACGGAACUACAGACGCAGCCCCUCCUAGAACUUUAGGUAUCUUUCAACUGGCAGGACUCAUGUAUUUAGUAACUGCCGGGGGCGGAUACGGAUUAGAACCAGUUGUACAAGCAGCAGGGCCUCUACCGGCUUUGAUUGGUUUACUUGUUGUUCCGUGGAUAUGGUCGGCACCCCAAGCUCUUAUGACGGCUGAGCUAUCAACCCUUUAUCCACGAGAUGGAGGUUUCGUUUUAUGGGUAGAAGAAGCUUUUGGCAACUUUUGGGGGUUUCAAGUGGGAUGGUGGAACUUUUUUGGUUCCCUGGUUGACAAUGCAUUGCUUCCUAGGCUUUUCAGUGAUUACUUGAAGAUAUUUUUAGGGGUAGAUCACCUUUCUUUGUGGCUUAGCUGGGGUGGCGGAAUAUUCUUGUUGUUGUUUUGUUUUAUUCUCAACUACAGAGGUCUAGAAAUUGUUGGUUGGGCUUCCAUCAUUUUCGUUGUCAUCGUUGCUAUUCCGUUUGCUAUUUUAACGCUCGUCGGGCUUCCGCAAUCAGAUCCCAAGGUUUGGUUACAAUGGCGAGGCCAUCGAGACACCAACUGGAGCUUAUUCUGGGCCACGUUGUUGUGGAAUCUAUGUGGGUUUGAUAGUGCGGGAACCUGUGCUGGAGAGGUGAAGAAUGCUUCACGUACUUAUCCAGCUGCAAUUUUGCUUUCUUGUGCAUUGGGAUUGGCGUCCUUUUUACUUCCUGUGGCAGCUUCUGUAACAUUUGCUCAAGAUUGGGACGAAUGGAAUGAUGCCUUUUGGCCUUUAGUUGCGAAUCGUGUAGUUGGAGGUACUUGGUGUGGUACUUUAAUUACCUUGGGUGGAUUAGCAAGUGCUGCUGGGAUGUUAAAUUCCUUGAUGGCAACCUCUUCUCGUGCUUUAUAUGGGAUGGCAACGACUCAAUUGUUACCACCGGAACUGGCAGUUUUGCAUCGCGUUUAUAAGACUCCUGUUCGAUGUAUCGCACUUGUCGCUGUUGGAACUGCAUUAUUUUCGUUGUUAAGCUUUGAGAAGUUGGUUGAAAUAGACUCUGUUCUGUAUUGUAUUAAGGAAAUGUUGGAAUUUUCGGCUCUUGUACGUUUAAGAUACAAGAGUUUGGCUAUGUUGCUGUUCCGGAAUAUCUUGUUGCGUACUUAUGAUUUGCCUUAGUGGUCUUGCCGCUUUUUUAUC